ACUAUGGCCGAUACUGCGAGAAGCAGGUUGGAGGUAAUUAAACAACAUCUAUCCCCUUCGAGAUUUCAUCUAAAGUCACCAGAAAAUUCAGAAAUGGCCGCAGUGGGGGUUGAAAUUGAUAGUCUGGUGGUGCCAAACGAUGUUUUGACCGAAGAAGAAAUAGAUUUCUACAACAAGAAUGGCUACCUGGUUGUGCGAAAUCUAGUACCCCAAGAGCUACUUGAUAAGUAUCUCCAUCGUUUUCAACAAAUUUGUAACGGGGAGGUGCGCGUGCCUAGUAUGACUGUAAUGAAAGAUGUUACAUUUGUCAAGUCGAACCGCUUAUCUGGCGAGAAAACCAUCAAUAAACUUCAGAAUUUCGAAGAGGACGAGGUCCUCUUCAGCUACUGCCAACUACCAGGGAUUUUGAAGUACGUGGCAUGUUUUACGGGACCUGACAUCAAAUCGAUGCACACUAUGCUAAUAAACAAACCACCAGAUCCUGGGACAAUGACCUCACGCCACCCUCUCCAUCAGGAUUUGCAUUACUUUCCCUUCCGUCCAGCCAAUCGAAUGGUAUGUUCCUGGACAGCAAUGGAAAGGGUCCAUAGGCGGAAUGGCUGUCUAAUAGUACAACCGGGUACCCAGUACAGCCCGCUUCUGCAGCACUUCUACCCUGAAUGGGAGGGAGGAGUCAAUGUAAUGUAUCAUGGAAUAAAAGAUUAUGAUCCCAGCAUUCCAUUGGUACACUUGGAGAUGAAUGCAGGGGACACAGUUUUCUUUCAUCCUCUUCUUAUCCAUGGCUCAGGAGCAAACCAAACAAAUGGAUUCAGGAAGGCUAUAUCAGGGCACUUUGCCAGCUCACACUGCUAUUAUAUUGAUGUCAAGGGAACAAUUCAAGAGGGCAUCGAGGCUGAAUCCUUAGAAAUUGUACAUAAGAAGUUUGGUGCAGAUAUUGAUUUGUCUUUUGAGGACAUUUGGAGGUUGAAAAGUCGCCUAGUACAAGGCAAUGAGGGAACCCUGUGACAUGCGUUAAACUCCAUUGAUGUUGCUGGGUUACAUUUCUUAGUAUGCGCACUAUAAGGCCCUUGGGCUAUUACUUUGCACCACUGGUAUGCAAUGUACAUGCAAUGCAUAUGCAAUGC